AAUUCAACCCAAAAGAAGAGAGAGUGCUUUUUCCAUCUCACUUUAUUCUCUCUCUCUCUAAAAAAUGUCGUAGCUCAAUUUUCUCUUUCUGCAAGACCAUCAUCUUCCUUCAUUCUCAAAAAUUCUUUUUCUUUCCAACUCAAAAUAUUUUUAUAUUUAAAAAUUAAAUCUUUUUCUUUUUCCUUUUCUCUCUCUGAACCCAUUUUGUUUUUCAGAAAAUUCGAUUGUUAAGGUUGUUCCAUCAUAGUAUUUCGUUGUCCCUCGACACUUUUUAAGGUUAAAUUUCAUCUGGGUGUCUUUGUGGAUCAGACCCAGAUCCUGUUUUUCUCUGAUCCAUAUAUAUUUUCAUUUUCUGGUGAAAAAUUCAGAUAAAGAAGCAAUAUGAAAAAGAAGAAUGAAAGGUUGCUUCUUUGUUUGAUUUGAAGGAGCAUCAAUAAGGACUAAGGAGUGUGUUUUAAAGUGAUUGAUGAAAUUUUUUGUUGAAGAAAUUUGAGUUAUGAUCAAGCAGAUAUUGAAUAGGCUCCCUAAGAAAGGAUCGAAAUCGUCGGAAAAUAAUGAAGGAGGAGGUGGAACAUCAACUUCUUCUUCAAUUGCUUCCAACAGUGUAAGAAGCAGUUAUGGAAAUUCAACAGCUUCAUCGAUCACAAGUGUUGAUUCUAAUUCGAGUCUUGGACUAACUCAUGGUGACAUGCUUGUACAAGCAAUGAAUUCUAAAAUGAAUCUGAAUGGUAGUUUGUCGGCUUCUUAUGAAGCUUUGCCGAGUUUUCGUGACAUUCCAAAUUCAGAGAAGCCGAAUUUGUUUAUAAGAAAGUUGCAAAUGUGCUGUGUUGUAUUUGACUAUACUGACCCUUCGAAGAACGUUAGAGAAAAGGAGAUUAAGCGACAAAUGCUAGUUGAGCUUGUGGAUUAUGUUACUUCGGCUAAUGGCAAGUUUACAGAUGUUAUGAUGCAAGAAAUCGUUAAAACAGUGUCGAUAAAUUUGUUCCGGACGUUGACUACUCCACCUCGCGAAAACAAGGUUCUUGAAGCUUUUGAUAUGGAUGAGGAAGAACCUUCAAUGGACCCUGCAUGGCCUUACUUGCAAAUUGUGUAUGAACUUCUUCUUAGGUUUGUCACAUCACCCGAGACGGAUGCGAAGUUAGCGAAAAGAUAUGUUGAUCAUUCAUUUGUUCUCAGAUUGUUAGACCUUUUUGAUUCAGAGGAUCCUAGAGAGCGCGAUUACUUGAAGACGGUUCUUCAUCGAAUAUACGGGAAAUUUAUGGUGCAUCGACCGUUCAUCAGAAAAGCAAUCAACAAUAUAUUCUACCGUUUCAUUUUUGAAACUGAGAAACACAAUGGUAUUGCAGAGCUGUUAGAAAUUUUGGGAAGUAUAAUCAACGGAUUCGCUCUGCCACUGAAAGAAGAACACAAGCUGUUUCUCGUGCGAGCUCUUAUUCCUCUUCAUAAACCGAAAUGCAUAGCGAUGUAUCACCAGCAGUUAUCUUACUGCAUCACACAGUUUGUUGAAAAAGACUGCAAGCUUGCUGAUACAGUUAUACGCGGAUUAUUGAAGUAUUGGCCGAUAACAAAUAGCAAUAAGGAGGUUAUGUUCUUAGGGGAGCUGGAAGAAGUCUUGGAGGCAACUCAACCUGCAGAGUUUCAGAAAUGUAUGGUACUCUUGUUCCGCCAAAUAAGACGGUGCUUGAGCAGUUCACAUUUUCAGGUAGCAGAAAGGGCUUUGUUCUUAUGGAAUAAUGACCACAUUGAGAACUUGAUCAAACAGAACCACAAAAUUAUACUUCCCAUAGUCUUACCUGCUUUGGAGCAAAAUGCAAGGAACCACUGGAACCAAGCUGUACGAAGUUUGACAAUAAAUGUUUCCAAGAUCUUCUCAGACACUGAUCCUGCAUUCUAUGAAGAAUGCAUGAUCAAGUUCCGAGAAGAUGAAGUGCAAGAGAAUGAUAUGAAGUCAAAACGCGAAGCCAGAUGGAAGCGCAUGGAAGAAAUGGGUGGCAUGAAAGCUUCAACCAAUGAACCAGUUUUGGUUUCUCCAAGAACUCCUGGAACUUCUAGUAAGCCAAGUAGGCCUCAAUUGGAUUGAUCCUUGAAUUUUUUGGCAUUGCAGGGUGGAAAAGCAUGAGAAUACAAAAAAGGUGAUAAUGUGUCGCUUUUGUUGGUUCCCUUGACCAAAUGAUAAGCUCUCGACGCCAUUUGUGUGGUACAAAAUAGCUCCAACUUGGUUUUUACAAGCAUGAAAUGUAUAUAUUGAAUUGCAUGAGACUUAAAUGGAUGUCUCAAGCCACUGUUUAUUUUGGAAUUCACUUUUUGUAGCCGGCCUUUGCAAUUUGAUCUAUGUAGCACUGACAGACACCACACAUGCGGUUACAUUCAAUUAUUCUAUUUUAUCAAAUUAUUAACGGUGUCAGCAUGUCAGUGCUUCAUAGAGUUUGGUGCUACAAAGAAUCACAAAAUGGCUUGAGUUCCACGUUUAAUCUGCUUUCAUACUUCACUUUGAUGGAAACAUGUUCCAUUUCUGUUUCCAAUUUGUAGUGUUAAUUUUGAUUUUCUUGUGUAGUUGAGUUGGUUGUUUAAAGAAAGUUGAUAAUUAGGGGGUUAUCUUGUAAUGAAUUGUGCUUGUUUGUUAUAUAUUCCUAAAGCAAUUUGUUUAACACAUGUGUUAUUUGUGACUAAGAAUUUGAAAUCUUCUUUUUCUCGAA